AUGCUUCUCGCCAUUGUGCGCGAUCUCCUCCAGCUCUUUCGCCCGUACGCGGUGGCGCUGCACCCGGAGACGACGCAGGUGUGGUUCAGCGUCAGAGACACCCCGGUGUCGUGGCUCUACCCGGCUGGCGCCGUCAAAGACUACGUGAAUGAGUGUAUCCGCGAAGAGCGGGCGGCGCAGCUCUCGGGAUCGUUGAUGUCGUCUCCAUCCUCGCCAUCAGCAGCAUCGCUCCUCCAGUCUCAUCUGUGCUCCAUCUUGAGUGAGCCGCUCCAGCUCAUCUUCCACAUUCACUCCCUCACCAAGGGGAGCUCGCUAGCCCGCACCGUGCCCUUCUACAUUAACUAUGACAGGCUGGAAGAGCACAUCCGCAUGGAAGUGAAGCAGGCUCACAAGGCUGCCUACACUGUGCUCUACGGCAACUACACCAUCUAUCAACGCGAAGCGGAGUCGGCGCUGCAGGCAGCCGUUGGGUUGGCCCUCUACCGGCCAUUUGAUGCUGUCGCACAGGAGCAGCUUCAACAGCAGCGAUACCGCGACCUCGGUUUUCGUGGCAACAGCGCCGCCGGUAUAGGCAGUAGCAGCUACGCGUCAAGUGGUAACCCUAGUGGUGGGCAUUUGCCGCCCAUCGCGUUCACAUCUCCAUACCUUCUGACCGAGUACCAGCAGCUGCUCCGCGGUCUGCUGACGCCUCAGCCGCACGUGGCGUACCUCAUCCGCAUUGGCUUUCCCUUCGCCUAUCGAGGCGCGGCAGGUCGGGCCGAAGGCGAGUACUUGCAGUACGAUUCUCACCGCGUCUCAGCAGCUCCGGCACUAGCGCUGUCAGCAACGGUGACUGGGGCGGCAGCUGCACCUGCGAUUGAGCCCGAUCAGCUGCCUCUGGGUCUGCUGCUUUGGCGGCUGUUCCGCAUACCUGUUUUGCGGUGGAAGGCGCAGCAACCGCAGGAGCACUCCACAGACAGCACAGUAGCCGCCGCCGCCGCGCCCACUUCAGCGGUGGCGCUCAGCGAGGUGGAGCACACGUAUCAGCAUCUACUGCGCACCCUAGCCCCCUAUUAUGCUGACCCUCCCCGCUGCGCGACGGAUCGGUUGGAGAAGCAGGAGCCGCUCUUGACCAGCACCCCACUGGAGCCGCCGGCGUGGGCGGAGUGGGAGCACACCAUGGUGCAAGCCUUCAUGCGCGACUACGGGGAGCACCCCGGGAAGGGCGACCUAGGACUUGCAUUUGUGGAGGCUGCCGCGAAGUCUGACUCUCCCAAUGCUGGCCGCCGUGUACGCUUCAUGGUGCAGGGCCUCCAGCCUCCGCUCUCCACCCCCGGAAGCUUCCUGGAGGCAAACCUCUCCUCUAGCGACCGCGCCAUUUUCGUUACGGUUCAGGUGUGA